AUGAAGUACCCAACGAUCGUUGGUAUCGACCUCGAUAAUACUUUCUGGGUUGGAUGUCUCGAUCAGAACAACUUGGGCUCUCACGGGUGGAUCGGAGACACUCCCGAAGAUAACCUUGUCAUCCACCAGAAUCGAAUUAUCGCGGACGUGGGAAGUAAUUCCCGACAGGUCACAGCAUCCGACGAUAUCUUCGAUAUCAUCCAUGACCUUCUAUUGAAUCAUGUCCGGGUUGCUAUCGUAUCCAGGAACGACAACAAAGCACUAUGUGACCGUGCGUUAUGGUUGCUUAGUAUUACCGACCCAUACACCGGACAACGAAAACCCUUUACGGCAUACAUAAAAUAUGAUGAAAUAAUGGAUAGUGUCACAUUUCAGAAGGUGCAAAAACCAUCCGUAGGCCUGAGUUGGGAUGAUUAUCAACAAGGACUAUAUGUUUGGCGUUGUAAUGAUUAUAUAAGGCGCAACACUUCUAACAUAGGGCUGGAUCCAUUGCCUAACAGGAGAUGUGUUGGCUACGUUGGAACAGACAGUGACACAGCUAAGCUUUAUAAGUCAGGUGAGCGACGCCGUCCGAGCGGUCGGCCGUCGAGGUGGGGUUGGGGUAUGUACGUUACGGAUGAUCCGAAAAUCGCAGAAGAAUUCGCAACAUGGCGUCGUGAACGUGACGCACCCGAGAAUCAUUGGUUUUGUCCCGUGUUCGUGCGCGAUUAUGAGAUCUUCCAAUGGAUACGUAAAGUUUGGGUGAAGGAGGGGUCAAUCGAACAGACAGACGUAGAUAAGCCGGACCAGGAAAUCGCUCAAGAACAGAUUGAUCGCGACAACAAGAUUGAGAGAAUAUUCGGAAUCAAAAAGCCUUAUAUUCUCUUCUCUAAGCACGUGGACAUGUCGGGUACCGGCCGGCGAAGGUUCAAUGAAAUGGUGGUAUACCCCCAACUACAAGACGCAUUGUUCUAUGGUCAGCCUGUACUGCUUCGGGACGCCCCGUUAUUAAAUAGGCCUCAUUUGAACUACCAGGAGAAGAUAGCUGAAUGGAAUAUUACAACAAACGACGAAAGUCGUCACGAGCUUGGAGGUAGGCGGGGUGGCACGGUGAUUGAGACGGAGAGACAUAUACACAUUAGAAUCGCGCGAUGA